GGAAGAAAACGUCCAUGAAAACAAUGUGGGGAGCUGUCCUGCCCGGGCGCCUGUGAAGAAAGAUGGACUAGAAGGCGGAGAGAGAGGCCGAGGGAGGCCAGAAGAGCCCGGCCCUGCUCAGGCAAAGGCUGCCAGGCGGUGCUGCAUCUCCCUCCACCUGAAGCCCUAGAGAGCUGCUCCAGAGCUGGAUGGACCAAGGGAGAACACACCGUGAAGCAACUUCCUGACCCUCCUGCCAGUCCUAAUAAAUGUCCCCAUGAGCUCUUUCAAAGAAUGGGCUGGACAUGUCACCAGUGUUCCUUGAAGGGCAUGGAAAAGAUGCUUCAUUGUCUCCUCAUAUUUCUCAUUGGAAUGAGGCACGCAUGUAGAGAGAUACUCGCCAUUCCUUUAUGUUCAGUGGAAAACAAGACUGCUUACUAUGAUUUUUGCAACCUCACUCAAGUUCCACCUGUACCUGAAGACAUUGUUUUAUUCUCCCUAAACUACAAUUCUAUUCGGGAAGUGAAAUCCAGUUCAUUUCCUCUGCUGAAAGAACUGAGAAAUUUGGCAAUUGGGACACAGUCGAUUUAUCCCGUAACCAUAAGAAGAGAAGCUUUUAGAAACUUGCCAAACCUUCAAAAAUUGGAUUUAGCUGGCAACAAAAUGACUGUACUAGACACAGGUGCCUUCCUGGGCCUCGUGAAUUUACGUGAACUUUUUUUAUAUUAUAAUGAUCUUAAUGAAUCAAUUCUGGAAGGGGAUUACUUUCGAGAUUUGAUCUCUUUGGAAUACCUGGAUCUUCAGUACAAUAAGAUUACGAGGCUUCGUCCUCACCCAUUAUUUUACAACAUGAGAUCCUUGGGCACUUUGAAGUUGAAAUUAAACCAGAUUAAGACUGUCUGUGAAGGAGAUCUCUAUAGCUUUCAAGGGAAAACUUUUGAACUCUUGAGUCUUAAUUCUAAUCAGUUGUAUAAAGACUUUGUGAACUGGACAAUUUGUGGGAACCCUUUUAAAAAUAUUGUUAUAAAAACAUUGGAUGUUGGUAGCAAUGGUUGGGACGUGGCCACAACACAGCAAUUUUGUGCAGCUGUUCAAGGAACUCCUCUUUUAGCGUUGGAGCUCUCACACCACAUUAUGGGCUCAUCAUUUGGAUUUGACAAUCUCCGGAAUCCAGACAAUGAUACAUUUGUAGGUCUUGCUAAAAGUGGCCUCAGAUUGCUUGAUCUUUCACAUGGCAGUAUUUUUCCUCUUAGCCCGUAUGUAUUUCAGAGUCUUGGUGAUUUGUUAUGGCUUGAUCUUAACACUAAUAAGAUAAAUCAAAUUAGGAAAGAAGCAUUUUCUGGCCUUGUGAGCUUACAGCUUCUAAACCUAUCAUACAAUCUUUUGGGUGAAAUCCUUGAUUACACUUUUGUAGGACUUCACAAUGUGAUUUCUAUAGAUCUACAACAUAAUCACAUUGGGGUGUUUGGUGGGAACCCCUUCAAAUACUUACCAAAUCUUCAGGAGAUAAAUCUUAGGGACAAUGCUUUAAAAACAAUUCCAUCGUUCUCAAGUCUUCUCUCUGUUUUUUUGGGUGGCAACAACCGAAUACAAUCAAGUUAUAAUGAAGCAGUAAAUUCAGCUGUAGUUGAUUUGGAAGGAAACAGGCUGGAUGAUUUGGGCUACGUCUACAAACUUCUCCAAAUACCUGUUUUGAAGUAUAUCUUCCUGAAAAACAAUCGUUUCAGUCAUUGCCAAAAACAGAACAAUGUACCAGAAAACAACCAGCUAAUCUAUUUGGAUCUUGGUGAAAAUAUGUUAAAACUUAUAUGGGAGAGAAGUGAGUGCUUGGAUAUAUUCAAGGAACUUUCCAAACUUCAGGUUCUCCACCUCAAUAAUAAUUACCUUAAUUUCCUUCCAGAGGGUAUCUUUAGUGGCCUGGUAUCACUGAAUAAGCUUAACUUGGAUUCAAACUUGUUGACUUACAUUUCUCACAGUGCCUUCCCUAAGAGUCUGCGGACACUUCAUUUAUCAUCAAACCAACUUCUUUACCCAGAUCCUCAGAUUUUUGCAAGCCUAGACUAUUUGGAUAUCACCUAUAACAAAUUCUAUUGUGAUUGCCUUUUAAGCGACUUGGUUAUAUGGCUAAAUGAAACCAAUGUCACUUUAGCUGGAUCACCAAAUGACAUGUUUUGUUUUGGACCCCCUGAAUUUGCUAGUGUUCCACUUUAUCAAUUACUUGUUGGUGGCUGUGAUGAAGACAAGAUCUUGGAGUCUCUACAGUUGUCACUCUUCAUUUCGACUUGUGUUGUUCUGACAAUGUUCCUAGCAGCCGUGGUAGUUUUCACUCGUUUUAGGGGAACUUGUUUUGUCUGGUACAAGACUAUUGCAAGAACAUUCAUGAAGGAACUCCCGUCUGACUUUGAUAAGAAAAAGUAUAAAUAUGAUGCCUAUAUAUGCUAUAGCAGCAAGGACUUUGAGUGGGUUCAGAAUUCGUUGAUAAAGCACCUUGAUAUCCAAUAUUCUGACAAAAACAGAUUUGCUCUUUGCUUUGAAGACAGAGAUUUCCUGCCAGGAGAGGAUCACAUCAGCAACAUCCGUGAUGCCAUCUGGAACUGUCGGAAAACAAUUUGUGUUGUGACAAAGCAUUUUCUCAAGGAUGGCUGGUGUGUAGAAGCAUUUAAUUUUGCUCAAAGUAGAUAUUUUUGUGACCUCAAGGAUGUCCUCAUUAUGGUGGUAGCUGGAUCACUUUCACAGUAUCAGCUUAUGAAAUAUCAGCCAGUCAGAGCCUUUCUGCAAAGGGAUCGAUACUUAAGAUGGCCCGAAGAGGACCAAGAUGUGAAGUGGUUUCUAAAUGCACUUUCUCAUCAGAUACUAAAGGAAAAGGGAAUCCAGAAAAAAGUUCAGAAAAAGAAUGUUCAGAAAAAAACAGGUGCUUUGGAAUUGAAAGUAGUCACAAUCUCUUAGCUGACUGGCUCCCAUUUCAGUUCAUGAAGAUAGUCCUCCAAAGAAAGUAUUACUUAAUUCUUAAAAUACGCUGAGCCCUGCUCAUGCUAUAUUAGCAUGGCAAUUGAUGUAGGAAUACCCCAGUGAUCUUGAUGUCAUUUGUCUUCACUGCCAAAUGUAAGAUUAUGAAUUUAGAUCUUUCAUGAAUGGAAGUGGCUUUUCAGAUAUCACUGUGCUGAUCUAAAGGGCUCUUGAAUAAUGAAGUCUGGUGACCUGAAAAGGCUUUCAUAUUUUUUAUAGUCACAGCUGUGUACACUCUUGCUGGUUUAAGGUAGGGGCAGGUAAUGUGUGACCCUCUAGAUCAGUGGUUCUCAACCUGUGGGUCCCCAGAAGUUUUGGCCUUCAACUCCCAGAAAUCCUAACAACUGGUAAACAGGCUGGGAUUUCUGUAAGUUGUAGGCCAACUCACAGGUUGAGAACCACUUCUCUAGAUGUUGUUGAACUAGAGCUCCCAUCAACCCUUGAGAGCAGAGCCAGUGGCAAGAGAUGAUGAGAAUUGAAGUCCAGAAGUCUCUAAAUGAUUAUGAAUUGCUCAACUCUGGUUAAACAAUUUUAAUAAUGAGUUACUUAAUCAAAAAGAAAAUGCAAUUACUUUUUCUCUAGACUGGUAGUCUUAUUGACAUGCUGUAGCCCUGAGGUGAAACAUGCGAUAAAUAAAUAUUUCAACUGGCCCCUUCACUUAAGUCACCAAGGUUUUCUCUGUCUAAGAAACUAGAGCUGAGGCCUAUCCAAUGCAAUUUUCUGAGUUAGUGUCCCAAAUAACUCCAGGAACAAGCCUAACAACCAAGACACCAAGGGGUUUUUUUUUUGUUUUUGUUUUUUUGCUGGGCUAUGUAUUUGCUGAAAUAUUUAUAGGAAUCUUCCCUACAGAUGUUCUAAUGAUGAGUUCUCUAUAAAUUGGGGAGGUGAGAGGUCUUCUAUCAUCACUAUCACAUUCAUUUUCAAAAGAAAAAUGUUACCCCAGUGAUAGCUGGUAUGAUGUGACCAAGUCCAGUAUUUCUUUCUUUGCCUAGCACAUAAUGUUCAGUCAGUUGAAGCAUAGUCAUGAAUUCCCUGCUUAUCACAACAGCUGUUUUGGACUUCAACUCCCACAA